CCAUGGAGUGAACACUGUGUUGCUGUGUAAUUUGUACCUGGUAAUCUGGUCACAAAAUGCCAAGAAAGAAAGCCAGAAGUAGGCCGAAAAAUGGAAAUCAAUCAAAUACAACAUUAUGCCAGACCUAUGACAGACGACAGGUGUCAUCAGGUGGUCAGACAAGCAGCACAUCGCUUGGGUUAAAUUCUACAUCACAUUCAAGCCCUACGUUAACUAGAGAUGGAACAAAACAGAGUAGUGUAAAUACUCCUAUUGCAGAACGUGAUAUAUUACACAUGAUAGAUCAAGCUGCUCAAUCUGGCUCACCUCAAGAAAUGCUUGAAUGUUUUAAUCAACUGAUACACACAGAGAACAAAGUUAACCAAGAAAGUUUGGACCAAGGUCUGCUUUUGUCUUGUAGGUAUGGUAGAGAGUUUUUGGUUCAGAUUCUGAUAUUUCAUGGUGCUAAUAUAGAGACGAGAGACGAUGAUGGCAACACACCACUUUUGAUAUGUGCUGAGAAAGGUUUCACUGACAUAGCUCUGUUACUGGUUGAUAAAGGCGCUGAUAUCAACAGUUACAAUAAAGACGGUGACACAGCACUUUUACUUUCUAUUCAAACAUCCGGGUCUUCUGAGCUGGUUAGGAGACUUCUUGACAAUGACAAACACGAUUUAAAAAUGGACCAUAAAAAUAAAAACGGCUGUAAUGCUUUGAUGAAAGCCAUUGGUGUUUUGAACUUGCCUUUGAUCAACAUUUUAAUAAAAAAGCAAACUGAUGUAAAAGCUUCUGUGUCAAAUAGUGCUUGUCAACUAGCUGAAAGUUUAGGAUUUAAAUCCUUACUAUCUUAUAUGGACAGACGGACACAUAAUAGGAAAACAACUUUACAAAAUGCAGUUUCAAUGAAAGACAAAUACAUUAUCAAGCUUUUACUAGCUUGUCGUAUCUUUGUCUUCAGUGAUAGCUAUGGAGAAGAUAACAAUAUUGUUUUUGGAUUUUUAAAUUCAAUACUAGAGAGUAAACAAGUAAUAACAGAAGACGAUUUGGAUAUAGUUCAGAUUCUUCUUAAGGCUGGAGCUCCGCUAAAAUCUGAUCACUGUUACAAUCGUUCAGAAUGUGUAUUAAAUUUAAGCAUAAGAAUAGGCAGCUAUGAUUUGGUAGAAAUGCUUUGUCGUCAUGGUGCGGAUGUAAACAAACAAAAUUAUUACUAUAGCUAUAACAGUCCCUUGGUCGUAGCUGCUGAGGUUGGUAGAUGUGACAUUAUAGAAUUGUUACUUGACCGUGGAGCAAAGAUCAGCCAAGACUCGUGUCCAGCACUUCAGUCUGCGAUUAAGCAUGAGCAAAUAGAUUGUGCGAAAUUCCUGAUACAUCGUGGUGCUAAAAUAAACGUUUCUGCGGCAUUGACUUCUGUUGUCAGUGGUAAUAAGAUUGAAUCAUUUGUGUUUUUAAAUGAACAAUUCAAGUCCGAUGUUAGUUCUCAGAUAAGGCAAAUAGGAACCCAAUUAUUAAACAUUGCAUCAGAAAAGGGGUAUACGGAGAUGAUAAGACUACUAGUGCAAGAAGGUGCCAAUGUUAAUGCAAGCCAUUACUAUAAAUCACCUUUAAUGUCAACUAAAGAUCCCAAUGUUAUGGAAUUGUUGAUCGAAUUAGGUGCCGACGUGAAUGUCAUUGUUGAAAAAUACGGGAAUUCAUAUUCAGCUCUAACCUUUACACUAGACGACUGUGAAAGGGGAUGUACUAUAGAUAACCUGCUAGAAAGAGUAAACGUCCUCCUUCAAAAUGGAGCCAAUGUGAAUGUCGAAGACAAAUUAGGUAACACUCCAUUAAUGGAUGCUUCCCAAAAAUCAGAUAUGGAAAAAGUUUUACGGGCUCUUCUUCAAGCUGGGGCAAAUGUCAACCAAAAAAAUAACAAUGGUGAAAGCGCUUUAUAUUUUGCUGCAAAUUUAGAAUCUAUUGCUAAUGCGAAAGUCCUUUUAGAGUUUAAGGCAGAUAUCAAUUUAAAAAAUAACACUGGACAGACACCUUUAUUUAAUUUGUUGUUAAGACCGUGUACGCAAAUGAUUAAGUUUAUGUUAGAAAAUAAAGCGAAUGUGAAUGAUGUUGAUAACAAUGGGGACACAUCAUUGCUUUAUGUAUGUUCUUCAAGAUUUCAAGAUCCGUUUGAAGUUGUGAGACUUCUAAUAAAAGCAGGAGCUAGUGUCAACCAUCAAAACAAUGAAGGCUACACACCUCUGAUGUUAGCAGCCAAACAACAACACGUUGAAACAAUGAAAGUAUUAUGUGAGGCAAGUGCUGAUGUCAAUUUAGUUAAUGAAAAGAAAAACGAAACUGCUCUAUCUGCACUUAUUAGCAAAGGUCUCAGUCUAGGGCUCGAUACAGAAAGUAUGCUUUACUUAAUAGAAAAUGGAGCUGACAGCUCAUGUGUAAGUCCUGAUGUUAUUCAUCAAUUAAUUUUGAAUGAGGAAAAUGGUUGUUUAAAACAAAUUAUAUCCCUUGGCGUAGGGCCAAAAGAUGUUGAUCUAGCCUGCGUUGGUUUUGGUGAUUUAUCGAAAGGUUCACCGUUAUGUGCUUCUCUAUGCUGUGGUUCCAUCAACGUUGCUAGGUUUUUAAAUGAGAUUUGGUUUUUAACCCAUUAUGACAUUUCAAGACUAGCCUACAAUGAACAAUUAAGGAAAUCGCUAGAAUCUAACAAGUACAGUGAAUGUUUGGAGUUUUUGGACGAGUAUUCAUCCCAGCCCUUGUCUCUACAGAAACUCAGUUUUGUUGCUGUGUCGUCAGCUGUAGGUGCUGAUGCUGGGAGAAAAGAACGGGUACAACGACUACCCAUCCCAAAUACGUUUAAGGACAAGCUGGUGUUUAAGCACGCAGAGCAGGCCGAAUUGGCAGCUGACCCAAAGGUCCAAGAUAUCUCUAUGCUGGAGCGGUUAGCAAUGAUACACUUGUUAAACAACGGCUUUGAUCGACGUCAAAUAGUCUACCAUGCCUAUCAAGAUGAAUAUUCCUCACAUGAAUACUACAACAGUGACUCAGAUUAUUAAUGUAUUCCAAUUUUAAUUUCAAAACCUAAUUUCUACUGCAAAAUUGCCGAUCUUUAUAUUCUACUUUUUAUUUAAACUUUUAAAACUCUCCCCUUUUAUUUGAUGUGCUUUUUUUUAUUAAUUUAAAUUUUCGUUUAAGGAAUAAAUGAAAAUCAAUUACAUUUAAAAAUAUUUUUUAAAAUUGAUUUCUCAUAUCAACCGACAAGACUCUUAAGCAGCCCCCAGAGCUGGACCAUAUUGAUUAGGUUGGAAGAGAGCAGAUCUAAUGUUAAUCGCCAUGACAUAGCCUAUUGUUCUUUUCACUAAAAUUAUGUUAAUCGAAUAUUUUAUUUUUAGAAAUAACUCUCUUUUAAAUAAUAUAUUUUUUUAAAUAUUUGUUUCCAGUAUAAAAAUUUUUGUUGAUUGUGUACACUAUUAUGUAUAUGUGUUGUUAAUGAAUUUGUAGAUCAGAACGAAUAAAAACCUACU